CAGUCUGCCCCUUACUUGCCCAUCUCGGCGACCACUGUCCCUCCACAAGAGACUGCCAAUGCACAAGGCAACGUCUCUUGCAUCCACAUCCCCCCUUCCUUCUUGACAUUUGAGAUCACAAUACAACGCGACGCAACGGCACAACACCGCUCGCAUAUAUACAUGCACACCCGGCAAUAACUUGACUUCCCUUCUUUCCUCUCGCUCCAUGCCCACCGACCCGCGCAACCGACUAUGUCCACAAUCCUAAUCCCCAUCCAGCCGGAGGCGGGGCCGUCACGCGUCGCGUCCACCAAGAAGUCACUAGACAGCUCGUUUGCCCAGCAGGCUUCUGGUGCGGAGGAUGAGCCAGACCUCGAGACCGUCAUCCGCCGAGUACGCAACGCACGCCGAAUCGUCGUCGUCGCCGGCGCCGGUAUCUCUACGGCUGCAUCCAUCCCCGACUUUCGCGGUGCUAGCGGCCUGUUCUCUGGAUCCAAGGGACAUAACGUCAAGGACCUCUUCGACUUCAAGAGCACCAAGACACCCGCGCUCCUUGCCAAGCACCACGCGCUCUUGACAGAGCUGUACGACAAGGCAUCCAAAGCCUCGCCAACACACUUUCACAACCUCUUGGCGUCGCUGAACGACGACGGGCGCUUGUUGAGGUGCUACACGCAGAACAUUGAUGGGUUGGAAGAGCGCGCCGGGCUGCCUACCGGCGUCCCGUCUGUUUCCACCCCUGCACGACGCGUCGCAAAGGGCAAGGGUCGCGCAGCAUCCUUGUCUGCCGCAACAUCGGGCCAGCAGACACCAGACGGAGAGGUUUCUUCUUCCGGAUCGGCUCUUGGAGACAUUAGCGCCGCGCUCAACCCCGGACCGCCAUCCCACCCACCCGCGCCGCGCUGCAUCCCGCUCCACGGCAUCCUGACCCACAUGCACUGCAGCCUGUGUUCCGCACAGGUGCCAAUAGAGAAGUGCAUGCCAUUACCACCACACGCCAUCCCCUGUCCGGAAUGCGAGCUCGCGUCGUCAAUACGUUCGGCUUUGAAUGAGCGGUCGCGGCCUGUUGGAGCGCUACGAGCCAGCGUCGUCCUGUACAGCGAGCACCACCCGGACGGCGAGGGUAUCGGCGCGGUCACAGUACGCGACCUCAAGGGCACCGGCCGGCGCGGUGAGCGAGAAGGCCAGGCCGACCUGCUCAUCGUCGCCGGCACCUCGCUGGCCAUCAAAGGCGUCAAGAAGAUGAUCAAGGAAAUGUCUGAGAUGCUCGCGACGCGCCCCGACUCGUCCGUAUCCGACGGCAAGUCGGUCCCCGUGAGGACAAUCUACCUCAACAACGAGCCGCCAACGGCUCCAGGAUCAUGGGGCGAUGUCUUCGACGUCUGGUGCAAGGGCGACAUUCAGCAGUUUGCCGACCUGGUCGCAGACGACAAGUUUGCCCCGCCGCUUCCGAUCACGCCGCGCAAGCCAACCCCGCGCAAGCGUGUCGAGUCGGGCGACCUUCCCCCCACGCCCAACUCGUCGACGCCGAGCAAGCCACGCAAGCGCAAAGCCGACAACGUGUUUGUGGACAUCGAGACGACACCGACAAAGAAGUCGAAGAAGCCAGUGCUGCCCCUCACUCCUGGUGCUACCCCGCCGCGUGCCCGCCCAGCGUCAAACCUACGCGAGUCGUCACCAUCCCCCGAGCCCAAGGCCAAGAGGGAGCGAGCGGUGUCACCGACGCCAGAGCCAAAGUCCCUGUCCUCCGACUCGUCGCGCACGUCGUCCCGCGACUCGACCCUCACUCCUCCCCCACCUGCCAACUCCUUCUCUCCCGUCACCACCACACUUCCCCUCUACCCAACCGACCCCUUCGCAAACCACGCCGGCCCACAACCGGCCUCCAAAUUCUGGGCUACAGUCUUGUAGGGCCCCCAUAGACAUACUCAUUUGUUUGUACCACCUACACAUCACGUCAUGUAACGCCU